UAGCAAGUCUUCCCACUGAGUGUGACAUAUAGCAGUAUUAUAGCAGUACUAAAACUAAACUAAUACGUAAGUCUGAAAAUAUGCAUGUAUGAAACAGUUUAAAUACAUGGCCUUGUAAAGUGCAUUAAUAUAACAUUUACAUUUACAUUUAUGGUAUUUGGCAGACGCCCUUAUCCAGAGCGAUUUACAAAAGUGCUUUGAAGUCUAUCAAGAAUACAUUCUGAAACUGGCUCACUAGGUCACAAACUAGGAAUACCAUCAGUCCAAAACUCUGUUGAGGAGGUAAUAGACAAGCACUCAGACAAUAUAUAUAUAUUUUUUUGGUUUUGUAAGUGCUAACUUAAGUACUUUAAGAAGAGGUAAGUCAUUUGAAGACUGCCAGUGACUCAGCUGUUCAGACGGCUAGGGGAAGUUCAUUCCACCACCUUGGUGCCGGAACAGAGAAGAGUCUCGAUGCAUGCCUCUCUUGUUCCCUGAGAGAUGGUGGGACCAGUCGAGCAGUGCUAGAGGAUCGGAGGGAGCGUGGUGCCGUGCGAGGUGUGAUAAGUGCCAUAUAAACCAAAUGGAAAUGUAAACUGUCAGGUGAAUGAAAACAUAUCAGCAGUGUGAAACUCAGAUUUUGGUUUAAAAUAUCUUCAGAAUUUUUUCAUUAGUCAGUGUACUAUACACUGUUUACUUACAAGAAACAUACGGCCACAUUGUGUAACCUGUUUCUCUUGUACAAACAUCUCGCCCACAGACAGCAGAACAUUAUCCCAAAAGGCUUGGGGGCCAUCAAGGUGUUUUCUGGCAAAUGUGAGAAGGGUGGAUUAAGCAGGACUUGCUGUUUCACAUGCCGGUGGAAAUGAAAGGGUCACUGCUUCCAAUAUAUUUGCAACAGAAAAGUCCGGACCCUGAUUGCAAUGUUCCUGUAAUUGAAGAAGGAGUAGUGGCUACUGCUGAGGAUCCAUCAGCAAUUACAACUAUUCAGUCAGCUGCCACGUUUUCCUCCGAGCAGCCCAUAAAAUACCUGUUCAAGACAGAGGGAGCUGGGGGGCAGGUAGGGGAACUGUACCCUCCCAUCGGGCAGGUGACAUAUCGGGUAAUUCAGGUUGCAGAUGGACAGUUGGAGGCUCAAACAGAUGGCACCACAGCUGUCAGUGUUGUUGCUGGGUUUCCUGCUACAACACAGCCUGUUACACAGGCUGUGUUCUCUCAGUCUGAAGCCUUAGAGGGAGAUGGCACAGAAACCCAUUACACUUAUUACCCUGCCACUAUUUCGGAUGCUGGAACAGGCACUAUGGUCACUGGGGUGCAGGCCUCUGACACAAUCCUCAGCCAGGGCACACCUACAGGUCAGUUAUAUGUGAUGAUGUCACCCCAGGAGGUUCUGACAGGAGCAACCCAGAGAUCUAUUGCACCUCGCACACAAACUUGCAACACUAAGUCAGAGGCACCAAGGACGUCUAGAGAUGAGAAACGGCGAGCACAACACAACGAAGUUGAACGAAGGCGCAGAGAUAAGAUUAACAACUGGAUUGUUCAGCUUUCCAAGACCAUUCCAGACUGCACGUUGGACGCCACCAAGACAGGACAGAGUAAAGGAGGGAUCCUCUCAAAGGCCUGUGAUUACAUUCAGGAGCUGCGACAAAGUAAUAAUCGAUUAGCAGAGGAGCUCAACACACUGGAGAGGUUGAGGAUGGAUAACCAGCUUUUACGGCAAGAAGUGGAGGACUGGAAAUCAAAAAAUCAGAUUUUGAGGAGCCAGCUCAGGCAGCAUGGUAUUGUAGCAGCAGCAAGUGCAGAGCCGCAAUGAAGAGUGAUGGGAGCUGUUGUUUAAAUCCUGCUUGUGACCCAUUGUGGAAGGUUCAUUAUGAAUGCUAAAAUCAAAUAAUGCAAAUCGAGACGCUAAAAUAAGUUUCCAGGCAUAAAACUGGUUUUGAGGUCACAGCAGCAAUCAUGGACAAUGCUUAAUGCAGGAUUUCUCAGUCAGUUACGUACAUUUACUUUUAAUGGGUCUUACUUUAUCAUGUAUAUAUUUGUUUUGUACAACACAUUUUUUACUUGAUAUAAUGAUGCAUUUCUUUUAUGUACUGGUAAAAGUUGAGUGGAAGCAUGAAAACCUUUCUUGUACAUCACUCUGAAACAAUACUGAUGACAAAAUUUAAUCUUGCAUGUUUCAUACUUUUUCACUGCAAUUACUAAGACAACAGAACAAUGGUAUUUUUUCUGGUUAUGUGCAAGAUACAGCUCACUAUACAUAUGUAUUUGAAAUAAAUACUUUGGAACAUAAA